AUGACUACUCCGUACAAUUUCAUCGACUCUGCACCGCUUUUCAAUGAGUCUAUUGUCAGAGAGAUCCAGGCUUCUACAACAGGGACCUAUACUGACAUUCUGCACAAUUCUAUACCUUCUGCAGCUGGCAACCCAGGCGUUUGGAAAAUGCUUCUUGACACCACCUAUCCCGUGGUAGGCAGUGGUCUUGAUUACGACUUUUGCUCCCCACCCAUCCAGACAAUACCCGACGAUCUUCAGUCAAUUAUGGUAGAGGCAGGGACACCCGCAAACUCGGUGUCAGAGGUGAAUUCCAAAACGCCGGUCACGGGAAAUUCAGGAACUUGGUGGCAGGGGUCAAGCCCCUGUGGCCCAGCGGCGGAGCAGGAGGACUUGGAAGUGAUGCAGAAGCUAGAAAUCCGGGGGCUAUCGAAUAAUUACGAGCUGGAUAUCAAGCCAACCACAUCGAAGCAUCGGAAGCAGCAUAUCGGUGAGGCCGAACAGAUUAGCGAGCUUUGGACGGACCGCAACCACAUUAACGAGGCUAUGCAUGAUCUUAGGAAGUUAGAUGGCCGAUUACAGGGCUGGAAUAAGCACCAGAUGGUUACCGUAACCUCAACAUGGUAA